GCCAUUGCUGUUCUCUUCUCCACGGCUGCAUCAAAGUGUCUGGGAGCUCCAUAAGUGCACUUUAACUUUGAAUAUGGAAGUCAAGCAGUUGGCAGCAUUUGUCUUCUUAGCUGCAGUGAUUACCACCCAGCUGGGUGCAGCAGAAAGAUUGUACUUCAAACAGAACAACAACUUGUCCUGGGAUAACGCGAGGAGUUACUGCCAGGCCUGUUUCAAGGAACUUGUGAGUGUGACACCUGACAACAGUGCUGUGCUGGGGAAUAUCCUGACCAAUGAUUCUUGGAUUGGGAUGAGAAAAAAGCUUGGUGGUCCUAUGGGCUGGUCCCGCUGGUCAGACAAUACUUUGCUUGUCUUCCAAAACUGGUAUCCUCAAAGUCCUGACCCUAACAAUACAGAAGACACCUGUGUCAAGCUACUUAGUUUUGGAGCCUGGCUUGAAGAAGACUGUAACUCCUUGCUGCCUUCCAUAUGUUAUGAAGAUCGUUUCUAUGGGAUGCUGAACAUCUCCAAUAUCAGAACAAGAAAUCUUACUCUUCAGUGGACUGCAGGCCCAGGCAACAUCUCUUACUACCGGGUCACGUAUUUAUCGAACUCUUUGAAUGUCGUGGCUUUGACAUAUAAUAUUCCUAAUCUGCUCCCGGGAACACUUUACGAGUUCAAAGUCUACCCUGUGAAGUGUGGCAGAGAUCUCAACGCAGAGAAUGCAUCAGCGUAUACACAACCUGAGGCGGUCACACAAUUGUCUGUCACUAAUAUAAGCACAACUUGGGCCUUACUCACAUGGAAAGAGCCGGAGGGGAACUGCUCUCAUUACCAGGUGAACGUUUCCAUGAAUGGCUCCUUUGUGAAAACUCCCCUUGAGUUGAAAAAUUUGAGUACAAACAUUACAGAUCUUCAGCCAGGCACCAACUACACUUUUACUGUCACUGCCCUGGUGGAGGACCGGUCCAUUGAAGGAGUCAACACUUCUGUCUGUAGCACAACAUACCCAGCUGCUGUCACAACCUUCAGUGUGUCAAAUUUUAACAGCACAUCAGUUGAGAUGAAUUAUACCAAGCCAGAAGGAAUAAUAAAUGGAUACAACAUUUCAGUCAGUGAAUAUAAUUCUUCUACAUUUGUUAGAAACGUUCUAUUGAGUGAAUCAAGCACAAAUACAUCCAUCACUAAUCUUAAUCCUGGCCUCAGCUACUUAUUCAGCAUUGCCACCUUUUCUGGGAAUCUUUCGAGCCUGUCAAAAAGUAUCAUUAAGGCAACCACUCCUUCUCCUCCCACCAAUUUGUCUGUAAUCGAAUGGCAUAGUGACAGCAUUACUGUGGCAUGGCAAGCUCCGAUUAAUAAUAUCUCAACUAACUAUAACUUGAGUGGCAACAAUUUAGAAGUCAUUCUUCCAGCCUCCACAAACAACUACACGUUUAAACAAUUGACAUCAGGAACUAAUUACACAAUUAGCAUCUACAGCUGUGUAUUUGAUCCAUACAACAAAAGCUACAUCAGAGGAAACGCAGCAUCCAUUAACGCACAUACAAGGCCAAAUCCUCCUACCAAUCUUAAAGUCACAAAAUGGAACACCACCUGCGCCAUUUUGGAAUGGAUGAAACCAGCCAACGCAGAAAAUGCUUUAAAUGAAUUUCAAGUAAACUAUACAAAUGUAUACUGGAAUGACCUGAAAAAUUUUACAACACAUGACACUUCAGUCACAUUAAGUUCCCUUUAUUCAGGAGCAAUUUAUACAGUUUAUGUGAGGACUAAAGCACAGGAUGAAUACAGCGAUCCAAUCAGCAUUAACUUCACAACUGAAAUGAAUGAAAAAGUUGUCAUAUUUGCUCUUCGUUGUACUUCCAGUACACUAAACGGAUGUGACGGAAAGGAUGCCAUAAAUGCAGCUAACUCUUCGCUGCAGUCUCACUUUGAACGCCAGUUACCAGGACUGAAUUUUACCUUGAGUUCUUUCAAUUGAUAAAUGAAGAUAUCUUAAGGAGUAAACAGAAGAAACUACAAGCUUUACUGUGAACUUUACCAAUAAUGUGGGUUAUUAUUAUGUCAGAUGCUUUGUCAUUCUAAAGGAUGUCUCAGUUGCAGCUCUGUUUGUAUCUUUAAUGGAAACCUUUUUAAUUUUCUGCUUCUAUUUCAGGACUUAGUUUGCAGAUUUAGAAUGCUGGCACAGAAUAAUAUGUGAGUUUUUUAAAAUGUGUCAUAACUGUGUGUAUAUUUCAAGUUUUUUUUUUGGAAGUGAAAUGUAGAAGGUGUGCUGGGAUAGGUUUAAGAAAUGUACUAACAGAAUUACUUUUUUUUAUGCUUCCAUUUUUGCUCUGCUGUUCUUGCUUGCUCCUUCUGAACCUGUCAAACCCAAAUUGUCCAACUUCAUAUGCAAGGAACCCUUCACAACCUCCGGCUCUCGCCACCGCUGUCUCCAUCGGCAUCUGCCAUGACACUCUGAGCCGUCUUCGACAUUCAUAAAUUCGGCUAGGAUGAUCCACCCCUGGAGCGCCAAUCACUUGCCCCUCCAUGGGGCUCCCAACCGCUCUGCCUCUUCUCCCUCACGCCAGCGCAGACACCUGAUACCUCGUUCUCACUCACUGUUCUUUUUUCUCCUCUUGUUCUGAUCCUUUAUUCCCUCCUAUUUCUGCUGUGCAGGCUGCUUUUAUACGGCUGACUGAGAGCAAGUGUGAUACGCUUCGACCUCUGAGGUGUGAAUGAGGAACCUCACUGAUCCGCUCACAUUCGCAUGUAAGUGCGCGAUCAGCCAAGCACCCCAAUCAGUCCUGGAGUGAUGUGUGCUGAACAAUACAACAAAAUUUAAAACAGCUUUCCCAGAGAUGCAUUCAUCACUCCCACACAUAACCCUUAUACAUACUCAGUUAAAAAACUGAUUGGAUUUGCAAAAUAAUGUAAACAAAAUUAAAGUGCAUAAAAUAUUUAAAGUGCAUUUGAGUAAUUGCACACAGGUUCUCACAUGAAAACAAGUCCAAGGCUAUUGAAAGUGAAAGUAUGGGCAAUGGGAUAGAAGGCCGAGAGUGAAGUUCUUGGACAGCUGAGGGGUAAAAGCUGUUCUUCAGUCCCAGAGGGUAGCAAUGUGAAGACGUGGAGUAAUGUCGCAGAUAAUUCUGCAGGCCUUGUUGUAGAAGCGUGACCUGUAGAUGUCUUUUACAUGGAGGAGAGAGAGUCCAAUUAUUUUUUGUGCUGUGUCGACCACCCUCUGGAGGGCUGCCCUGUCUGCCUUUGAACAGUUUCCAAACUAUGCUAGGAUGGAGUAGGUCAGUAAGCCCUCUAUUGAGCAGUGAUGUGGUUUUUCCUCAGUAUCCUGAGGAAGUUCAAUCUUUGCUGGGCCUUAUUCACUGCAGCAGUGGUGUUUAUACUCCAUUUUAGGUUACUGCUGAUGUGGAUCCCUAGAAACUUAAAACUGGCACCUGCUCCACCUCUUGGUCUCCUAUCCUGAGUAGCAGGAUAAAAACCACACUUGGCCACUGUCGGAGAUGGCUGGGGGGGCGACCCAUCUGGGACGCCCAGGAGGACCGGAGGAGGGCUUAUGUCUUCUCCACGGCGACCGCCCUGGUACUUUUGAGGGCCACGGGUACAGAGCUUUGAAGCUCAACCCAGUAGAGGCCUAUGGUCACUGCCAGGGGGC